AAUAUUGUUUGAAUCAUUGAGUUUGAAUGCUCCAUUGUAGUAAAAAAAAUCAGCAUUGUUUAGUUGUUAGUUGAUUGUUGUUAGUUGUUGCAAAUAAUAGUAAACAUGGAAUUUACUGCUGAUACUAUGACUAAAUUGAAAGAAUUAUUAAGGGAGCCUGAACCUGAAGUUUUGCAAGGGGAUGAUUUACCCUUUUCAGGUUACCAAAUAACAUCAAAUAGAGAUAAAGUGCCGUGUCUUGAGAAAGACACGAAAGCGCCGCGAACUAUAGAGGAAUAUGAGGAGCAAGAAGCAGCAGAACUCGAUAGUUUGGUCGGCCCCUGCGGUGGCGUAGAAGAUAGGAAGACACCGGAAUAUACUAUGAAUUAUCAGCAAUCUGUCAGCGCAGAAGAUGUUUUCCUUCAGAUGGGCCCGAAAACACCUUCGUCAGCGAGUUGCGAGAAUCUUAUCGUGAGGAUCCAGCUCCCGGGGGACAAGAAAGAGAACGUAGAAUUGACUGUUGAUACAAAGAGUGUGACGGUGCAAUCGCCACAAUAUUACUUGAAGCUUGUACUGCCACAUGACAUUGAUCCAGACAACUCUAAAGCAAACUGGGAUAGUUGCAAGGAGUGUUUAGUUCUAACUCUGAAAUUGAACAGAGAAUUUGACUUUGUCAAUUUUUAACUUAAAUAAAUUUAGAUUAUUUGAUAC